CUAAAACUUGACUGUCAACUGUCACUUUUCUAUCAACAAAAAUUUGAAAUCUGAGGUUUCUGCUGCUUAGAAAACGCAUUUUCCGUUAAUUUACGCAAUUGCUGACCUCCGAAAUGAGGAUACUAACCCGACUGUUGAAAAAUUCAGCUGCCCCCAAACUCGUUCGCACCUUUUGCAAUGUAAUUCGUGACGAGAUAAAAGUGGAACCGUUCUCAGACAUCCACAUUAAGGUACCUUACGCCGUCAAUAUCAAACCUUUAGACGUACACAAGUACCAAGAUUGUGACCGUCUACAAAUCGAACUGCAAGAUUUACCCACCUCUCGCAAGACCCUCAGACACUUGAAGAACGGAAACAACAUUAAAAUAUUCGCCACGACGGAUGUCUACGAUGGGGACACGGUUUGUAGCAUCUACGCACCGAUUAAAGCAAACUUGCAUAUUGAAGCGCAAGGGAAUAUCAGUACUGGUGUUUUCGGCGGCUCGCGAUUGAUAUUACACUCGACAAAAGGCAGUAUUUUCGUGGAGAAAUACCAGGGCGAGAAAAUCGACUUGAAGACUAACAUCGGUGAUAUUGUCCUAAAAGGGGCUGUAGUUGCGGCCAACAUCAAAGCCACGAGUGAGAAUGGGUCAAUCAAAACCAAGCGUUUGCAAGGGUUAAAUGCCCAAAUCAAAACCAAGCAAGGCAACAUUCAAGUUGACUGCUCCUACUGUGACCAUAGCACUUUUCAGUCAGACUACGGGACUUUAGACUUGCAAAAUGUGCAUAAAAGCACCCAAAUUUUCCUCAAAGACGGCAAACUCAACUUGACUUUAAGGUGGCUUAGACGGCGAUCUGUUGGCGAAUCUCCACAACAGCGAUGCCGAAAUCCAAAUUUCGCGAAUUCUCAACAAUUCGCAAAUUGUGAUGAAGGAAAAAGGAGACUUGAGACUGCUCCUAUCUGACGAGUGCCAAAACGGCACAUUUUUUGAAAUCGUGUCAAAAAGCCACAACUUGGACCCCAGUGUGCGAUUGAUACCGAGCAAAAACUCGGAAGUUUUAUUCCUCACUCCUGCCAUUGAUCAUUACAAGGAAGUUAAAGUGGAAUGUGAAGGAAAAGUGGAAAUACGGAGUGCCUCCUGGAUCAAUAUGUUGAAACUCAGAGCGAAAAAAUAGUUAAAUAAAUUUAUUUGUUGCGUU